AUGACCAAGCUUAGCUCCGGAUCUCUUGGCUCCAGCCCCAACGGCGGCUCAACCAACACCAGUACUCGGGAUACUGUGUACACCGUCAAAGCCGAUCAGACCAUCAAGGACUUUGAUGCCAAGUUCAACUCCAAGUGA